GAUGAUGUCAUACGUAAAGCAAAAAAAAGGACGUCAACGUACCCAAAAGGUACACAGCAACAACUAACGGGGUUCUGCUUUAUAUAUUGGAUUAAAAAGCUUCGUUUUUACGACGAGAAGCAUUUAUUUUGAUAUAAAAUACGCAUCCGCUUGUAUUUUAAGCGUGGGAAUCGUCAACUUAGAGUCAAGAUGUCGUACAUGCUACCGCAUCUCCAUAAUGGCUGGCAGGUCGACCAAGCCAUCCUGUCUGAGGAGGACCGAGUCCUCGUGAUCCGCUUCGGUCACGACUGGGACCCAACAUGCAUGAAAAUGGACGAAGUUCUCUACAGCAUCGCUGAGAAGGUAAAGAAUUUUGCUGUCAUUUACCUGGUGGACAUCACCGAAGUGCCAGAUUUCAACAAGAUGUAUGAGUUGUAUGAUCCCUGCACUGUCAUGUUCUUCUUCAGGAACAAACACAUCAUGAUUGAUCUGGGUACCGGUAACAACAACAAGAUCAACUGGACAAUGGAGGACAAGCAGGAGAUGAUAGACAUUGUUGAAACUGUGUACCGAGGAGCCAGAAAAGGAAGAGGUCUGGUGGUGUCUCCAAAGGAUUAUUCCACAAAAUACAGAUAUUGAUUUGUAUUUUCUCCUCCAACACUUGUUUUUUUCCCCCCUGAUAUUUUGUGACAUGAAACAGAGACUAAAAGUUACAGGAGUCAAGGAAAAUCUUUUUUUUUUUUUAAAUCAUUUUUGUUUUUGCUAGAGAAACAGGACAAUAUUCUUCAUUAUGGUCAUGAUUGUGUUACAUUGUGCCAAUUGUGUUUUUUUGUGUGUAGAUUAAUGUGUUAUUCAGUUUCUUCAAGUUUUGUUUGUUUUUUUUUUUCUUCUGAAAAACCGGUGCUGAAGAACUCAGAAAAAGCAUAAAAGUCAUCACAUCUAAAUGUUUUAAUAAAGAUCGAUCAAUAUUUACAUAUGAA